CAUCGCGCGACUCCUCGCGUGGGAACACAACACAGCAGCAGCAGCGAGCAGCCGGUUAGCUAACCGGGAGUUUCUGAUCAGUGUUUCUUCCUCCUCCGUCAGCCAUGAGUGAAAGCGACGAUGACGACGUCCCGACGCUGUCCGCUCACACUCUGGCCGCCCUGCAGGAGUUUUACAACGAGACCAGCAACACCACACCAUCAGACCAGUUCACUGUGGGAGCAGUGGACGAGGACUGGCGGAUGAGUCAGUUCUGGUACACCGACGAGACGGCGGCUCAGUUAGCUGAGGAGGUCAUUCGUGAAGCUGGAGAAGGAGGCAGGAUAGCGUGUGUGUCGGCGCCCAGCGUGUACCAGAAGCUGAAGCAGGGAGUGGUGUCCGGCUCGGAUCGGGUGUCUGCCGUCGUGUUGGAGUACGACCGCCGCUUCGCCACCUAUGGCGAGGACUUCAUCUUCUAUGACUACAACGAGCCGCUGUCUCUCCCGGCCAACGUGGCGCCUCAGAGCUUCGACAUCGUCCUCGCCGACCCGCCGUACCUGUCCGAGGAGUGUCUGAGCAAAGUGGCCAAAACCGUCAAGUUCCUGAGCAAAGGCAAAGUGCUGCUGUGCACAGGAGCCAUCAUGAGGAAUUUCGCCAAAGACCUCCUGGAUGUAACUAUGUGCAGCUUCCUGCCAAAACAUAAGAAAAACUUGUCCAACGAGUUCCGCUGUUUUGUCAACUAUCCGUCACGUCUGCAGUGCUGAAACUCUCAAAUGACUCUUUGACUGUUCAGAGCAGAAAUAACCUAACUGGGGGAGCGCAUUCAAGACAUUUCCAUCGCAGUGCUUUUAGAACUGUGGUUCUAAACUGUUGGUUAACAGUCUAAAGUGAAUUUGGGCUUGUAAAAAAGAGUCUCAUGACUCAGAGAUGGCUUGCUGAUAGUUUUCUGGGAAAACAGUUUUUUUUCAAUCAGGGGAAAAUUUAUUUAUCGACCUAACUUGAGUUAGUAGUUUCAGUCAUUAAUCAGGCAGAAAAUUCUAGAUAUAUAGCGAUUCAGGUUUUGAUUUUGCAACUUUUCUAUUUUGUGUGUUUAUACAUCAAUUUAUUUGGGUGUCUGACUGUUGAACAGCGGGAGGCCCUGUUUCAAAUUAGACAUAUAUUAAUUGUUUUAAAUCAGUCAAUUAAAGGGGAAUACUGAGA